CGGCAGUCUCUCUUUAGCUCUUGGCUCUCCCAUCUUUUGGCUAUUCUUGUUUCAACUCAAUCAUCAUGAUGUCCUCCACAUCUCUUCCUCCAUCGCCUGAGCAAUGCCUCGUUGUGGGAUUCGGCGGGAUUUGUCUGGAUGACCUGGCUGUUCUGCCCGCUUUACCCGUUCCUGGUGACACAACUCAUUGCAGGAGCGUGGAAGUUCAAGGAAUUGGGGAAGCAGCGAAUGCUUUGACUUGUUUGGCUCGUCUGGGUGUGAGAGCGAGGCUUAUAUCUAAGAUUGCUGAUGACAUCCCCGGUAAGAGAAUACUGGCGGAGCUAACGGCUGAAGGUGUAGAUACCUCUUUUCUCGUGGUUGCCAAGGAUGGACAAACGCCAUCUUCCUUUGUUAUGGUCGACCAAUCAACGAGAGCGCGUUCUAGCAUUUUUACACCAGCAUUUCUUGUCAUGGAACCGGCUGACAUUUCCCAGAUGAAUUUAAAAUCUGCACUCGAAGGAGCAAGGUUUGUCUACUUUGAUGCAAGACACACAGAUACUGCAAUAGUAAUUGCCCAAGAGGCAGCUGGGCAAAAUAUGCCCAUUCUCCUUCAUGCAGAAAAGAAAAGGCCGGAAUUGGUCGAUCUUCUUCAGUUGUCGGAUUAUGCCGUAUGUUCAGCUGAAUUUCCACAGGCUUGGACAGAUGCACCAUCUAUGCCCAGUGCCCUUAUAUCCAUGCUUCUUGAAUUUCCAAAACUGAAAUUUGCAACCGUGACUUUGGGCGAACAUGGGUGCCUAAUGCUGGAGAGAUCAUCAGAUGCAGAGAAUUCUCUGAUGGGAGAAGAAGAUGCUGAUAGCUUAUUGCAUUCUUUGGAGCAAAAAAAAGAUGAUAGGGUGGCCACACCAAUGUGCAUUCCAUCAGAAGUGGUGAAACUGAAAGCAAACGGAAUUGGGACAUUGACGGGGAGAUUGUUCGUGUGUACUGCCGAAAGGAUACCGCCAUCAGAACUAGUCGACACAACUGUGGCCGGCGAUGCUUUCAUCGGAGCUAUUCUUUACGCGCUGUGUAUGAACAUGACCCCAGAAAAUAUGCUUCCGUUUGCUGCCACGGUGGCGGCUGCUGCAUGCAAGGGAUCAGGGGCUAGAACCGGUCUUCCCUACCGGACUGAUCCAUGUUUGGCUCCAUAUUUAGACGAACCGGCAAUUCUGUGAAAUCAAAUGCAGAAAGUCUUCCAUAUAACACCGACAUCAUGGAGCACGCCAAUUAUGCAUGGAACAUUGGCUAAUCGAGUUUAGUUUACUAAUCGAGUUUUCAUGGAGAUCAAGUAUUGUUUAUCUGGUAAUUAGUUAUGGACUAUGUCUAAGUGUACCUGUUGGAGAGCACAAUGACGAACGUGGAAAACAUUCUUCUCCAACGAUGUCCGUCCUUGUUGAUGGAUAUGAAAUCCGCAUGAAUUAGUUCCCAAGUUAAAUCUACAGAUCUUUGGGAUUCGUAUAUUACUAAGUCGUCUAGU